GGAGCAGGAGCAGGGAACAGAGGAAGGUGCAGGCUGCGGUGGAGCAGCAGCAGAGUCAUCACGGGAGAUAGGAGCAGUAAAGUGCACAAGCGGUGCAGUAGCGGUGUCAAAGCCACUCGAGAGAGACAGCAGAGGCUCUGACUUUGCGAUCCAGGGCAUUCCGGCACCGGUUUUUAUUCCCUCUCCAGUCUCUAGAAGGCACGGUACGCUACUGCACGGAUUCUGGCUGUCGGUGGUUGAAGAGGCAUACACAGGCACGCAUCAAGCAUCUACGUAUUAAGCAUCUACGUAUCAAGCAUCACGCUUCAGCACCUGCAUACUUGGCCAGACACAGGCACACGAGCACACGGACACACACAGCGCAAGUUUGAGCAUGGGGAACACGCCAGGGAAAGAAGCACGGGGGUUCCCGGCUGGCGGGUUGAACUCGUCUCCAAGUGCUUCCUCGGGAGGCACAAUGUCGACGUCGGCAUUCGCCAGGGAGUACUUGACGAACUUUGAGAACGCACAAGCCCACCAUCACAACCACUCGCACGGGAACGACCACGCGAUAAGCAAGCGCAAACGGGAGAAGGAGGCGGAGAAGCUCAAGUUCCGAACGAAGCAGAUUAUGAACCUUGUGGUGAACUACGACGAGAACGUCGACGGCGGGUACCUUGCGCCCUACGGGAACUACAAGUACGAGCUCGACUACAUGACGGACAUUGUGCGGGAUCUGGUCAUCAGGCGGCGCAUGGCGCCCUUCUUCACGCCGUUGCAGGACUUUGACGAGAAGUGGUCCGACGAUGAGCUUCUCGCGUUCCUCAAGAAGAACUUGAAGCUCCACGAAGAAGUCCUACCGAAAGACCUUGCUGACGACUUUGAGGACCCAAACGAGCACAAGCUCCACCCGUCCGCAAACUCCAUCAAGCGCAGAGAGGGAAAGCUGCUCAGGCAGAAGUUGAAGGAGAAGGCCGCCGAAUACCAGCGCCACGAGAACUCCCGCUUCCGCAGGGACCUGGCAGCGGCAGAGAGCAACCCGAAGAAAUACCCAAACAUACCGUCCGACGACUUGUUGCUAAAGAUCUACAGGGACUGCGAGGAGUGUCCUAUCUGCUUCCUAUACUAUCCGCGGCUAUUGAACACAACCCGGUGUUGUGUGCAGUCGAUUUGCACAGAGUGUUUUGUGCAGAUGAAACGGUUGGACCCGCAUUUCCCUCACGAUGAGAACCACGGCGGCGUUCAGUCGCCGUCGCCGACUCCAGCACCGGAAGAUGCCGAAGACAAAAACUCGGAGGAUUUGAUCAGUGAGCCUGUCAAGUGUCCCUUCUGCGCCGUAGACAAUUUCGGAGUCACUUACGUGCCUCCGAGGGACUUCAAAACGGGCAUCGAAGGGAACCACAAGCCGGGACUUUUCAGCCUUGCGGAGAACACGAUAGAGGAGGAGGAAAGUAUUGGCGACAACAACUCGGCACACAAGGACGCCAGCUCCGCUGAGGUGUUGACAGAAAUCGAUCUGGCCGAUCCUUUCAGCAUCAAGAAGCAGAAGCUCGAAAGCAGGAAGAAGAAGCACAGAAGAAACACAAGCUCUGUCUCGAACAACAACCGCGCAACGUCUCCUCAGCCUCAGCCAAGAAAGAGAAGGGAGUCUUUGCCGCCAGACGCUCCCUCGGUCGUCACCGUGGACUCGAUCAGGCCCGACUGGGAGCAGAAGUUGUUGGUGGCACGAACAAAGCUGGCCAGACGAUCCGCAGCGGCCACUGCGCUGCACGCCACAUCGCUAUUACGGAACGACGAGCCGGGCAGCCGCCGCCAUGCCGGCACCGGCAGCAGAAAUACGGGUGCCGGUAGCUUCAACAGACAGGAACACCUCGAAGAGAUGUUGAUCGAGGAGGCCAUGCGUCUAUCGCUUCUCGACGAGGAGGAGAGGAAGAUGCGUGAGUUUAUGAAACACAACGCUUAAUUUAUAACAUUCAGAAGACGAAGAAAUGAACGAACGACUGGACGAACGACUGGACGAACGACUGGACGAACUACCGAACGGAAAGAAUGAAUAAAUGAAUAAAUGAACGGAUGAGUAAUAUAAAUCAAAAGAAAACGAAAAAGGGAGAUCGGGUUUGUUUAUUGUUUCUUGUUUAUUGUUUAUUGUCUUUGUUUUUUCUUUAAAUUUUAAUUAAAUCGACGAAGUAUGAGAUUCUUAGUCCAGACUACGUAGUCUCGCC